AUGGAGGUUGGAGACACUAGAGGGGUAUUGGAAUAUUUACAAGGGAUGCAAAACAGAGACUUAAAUUCUUCGUAUUCCAUUCAAGUGGAUGAAGAUGAUAUGAUUACAAACAUAUUUUGGGUCGAUGGUAGAAUGAGAGCAGACUAUAUUGAUUUUGGGGAUGUAGUUUCUUUCAACACUACGUAUAGAAAAUAUAAGGAAAAUCGUCCCUUGGCCUUGUUUGUUGGUGUUAAUCACCACAGGCAAACAAUAGUUUUUGGUGCAACACUUUUAUACGAUGAGACUAUUCCCUCGUUUGAGUGGUUGUUUGACACUUUCGUCAACACCAUGUACGGAAGAAAGCCAACUAGAAUUUUGACAGAUCAAGAUCCAACUAUGGCAAAUGCGUUGGCUUCGAGGUGGCCUGAGACUCAUCACAGAUGUGUUUAUGAUUUUGACGAAGAGGAUGAGUUUUUGCACGAAUGGAAUGAAAUGUUGGUAAAGUACAAUUUGGUAGAUAAUGAUUGGUUGAGAAGGUUAUUCAAUUUGAAAGAAAAAUGGGCGUUGGUGUAUGGUCGUCAAUUCUUUUGUGCUGAUAUUACGACGACACAGCGUAGUGAGAGUAUUAACAGUGUGAUUAAAAGGUAUUCUAGUUCAAAGAACAACUUGCGGGUGUUUUUUGAAAAUUUUGAAAAUUUGGUUAAAUCUCGUCGAUAUGAACAGUUGCAGGCCGAUUCCAAAGCAAGUACUAGUGCGUACGUGCUUCCAUUGUCAAUUCAGCUCUUGAAACAUGCCGCGAGUGUGUAUACCCCAGAAGUUUUUAAAAUAUUUCAGAAGGAAUUGGGAAAAGCGUAUGAUUGCUUUGGAACUGUUACUAGAUCGCAUGAAACUAUUACGGAAUAUCAUGUUAGCUAUCUUGAGAGAUCAAGGUACCAUAUUGUGAAAUAUGAUUCAUCAGAUAAGACAGUUGCUUGUAGUUACAAGAAAUUUGAUUUUUCUGAAAUAUUAUAUUCUCAUAGACUGAAAAUUCUCACAAAAAAUGAUGUAUUGAAAAUUCUGGAUCAAUAUAUACUGAAGAGGUGGACGAAAGAUGCAAGGCUAGGUGAUUUGCAUAGUAGAAUGUAUGUCGGGGACCACAGUAUGGAUGAUCCGAAAAAAAGUCGAAAAGAGAAUUAUGAUGGUAUAUCUUUAAAGGGCGUUGACAAUGUUGGUAUGAACAAUAAAGACAACAUUCACAUAAAAGGUAUAAACAAUAGGACGAAGACAUUCACUAAUAAGGCCUACUUAGCAUCCGGUAGCAUUGCAUUGCAGUCUUAUCAAAUCCCUCGAGAGCAGAUUGCAAUAGUGAACCAAAUAUCAAAUAUACAAUCUCAUUAUUGCAAUGAGUCCGUUUAUUCUAUGAAGUUCACAGAAUUACUUGAGAAUGUUUUCAUCGGAUCAGAAGCUGUUGAACAGCAUUUGAUCGUGACCACUAGAGACCUCACACUUAUUUUGGAUGAACCUUUGCACUGUGUUGGACCCCAAGUCCAAAAUGACUUAAAUGUCGAAGAUAGUGACUUCCAUCAGGCUGCGGAGCUUCCAUGGAGCAAGAAGAUAUGA